CAGACGGAGUGAGAAUCGCAGCCAUGGCAAAGAACUGCCAUAACGACUACAAGAUGAAGUUCUCCGGGGACGAGGAGUUCCCCGACCUCUCCCUGCACAACAACCACAUGGCCAAGUCCACCCCCAGCGGCUUCACCGUGGACGAUGUGAUCCAGACCGGUGUGGACAACCCUGGUCACCCCUUCAUCAUGACCGUGGGCUGCGUUGCUGGUGAUGAGGAGUCCUACGAGGUCUUCAAGGACCUGCUGGACCCCAUCAUCUCCGACCGUCAUGGUGGAUACAAACCCACCGACAAGCACAAGACCGAUCUGAACUUCGAGAACCUGAAGGGUGGAGAUGAUCUGGACCCCAACUACGUGCUGUCCAGCCGUGUGCGUACCGGCCGCAGCAUCAAGGGAUUCACCCUGCCCCCCCACAACAGCCGUGGGGAGCGCAGAGCCAUCGAGAAGCUCUCCAUUGAGGCCCUGGCCAGCCUGGACGGCGAGUUCAAGGGGAAGUACUACCCCCUGAACGGCAUGACCGACGCCGAGCAGGAGCAGCUGAUCACUGACCACUUCCUGUUUGACAAGCCCGUGUCCCCCCUGCUGACCUGCGCCGGAAUGGCCCGUGACUGGCCCGACGGCAGAGGCAUCUGGCACAACGACAACAAGAGCUUCCUGGUCUGGGUGAACGAGGAGGAUCACCUGCGUGUCAUCUCCAUGCAGAAGGGAGGAAACAUGAAGGAGGUCUUCAGGCGCUUCUGCGUCGGCCUCCAGAAGAUUGAGGAGAUCUUCAAGAAGCACAACCACGGCUUCAUGUGGAACGAGCAUCUGGGCUACAUCCUGACCUGCCCCUCCAACCUGGGAACCGGCCUGCGCGGUGGCGUGCACGUCAAGCUGGCCAAGCUCAGCACACACCCCAACUCCGUUUUGGGGUCCUUCUGGAGACAGUUCUGUCCCGUGGAAACGGUGCGUACCAUGUGGGUAUUCACGGGGGGGGGUUGGUUGGUUCUAGGGGUCUCCAGCCUCAACACACCCGACUGUGAAGCAGCUGUGUUGAGGCAGGGAAACAUCUCAGGCCCAAAAGAGGGCCGGAGCCCCCGGCUGUGUUGGGGAGGACGGGCGUCUGACUCCUCCCCCUUUUCCCCUCCAGGUGGCGUGGACACAGCCUCCGUGGGUGGCGUGUUCGACAUCUCCAACGCCGACCGCCUGGGCUCCUCCGAGGUGGACCAGGUGCAGAUGGUGGUGGACGGCGUCAAGCUGAUGGUGGAGAUGGAGAAGAAGCUGGAGAAGGGAGAGUCCAUCGACGGCAUGAUCCCAGCCCAGAAGUAG